CAGGGUUUCUCCAGCAGGAUCCUCGCUCCCUCUCCCCUCUGCUUCGGUAAAUGUCCCAAAGAUGUUAAAGACACUGCAGCAGCACACCGAGGAGCCGUCACAGUGAGAAGAAAUGUCUCCCAAAGUGCCCGGCGGCCAAGGCAAAGGGGACGAUUCAGCCGUGCAGGUGGCUGUUCGAGUGCGCCCCCUGCUGCCCAAAGAGCUGCUGCACUGCCACGAGAGCUGCAUCACUGUGGACCCGGAGCUGCACAGGGUCACCCUGGGCCACGACCGACACUUUGUUUGUGACUUCUUAUUCGAGGAAACCAGCUGCCAGGAGGAUGUUUAUUCUGUUUCUGUUCAGCCGCUCAUCGAUGCCUUUUUCCAAGGGUUCAACGCCACGGUCUUUGCUUAUGGGCAGACAGGCUCUGGCAAAACUUAUACUAUUGGAGAAGCUAAUAUAUGCUCAUUCCGGGACGAGGAGCAGGGAAUCAUCCCGAGGGCUGUUGCAGAUGUCUUCAAGCUGCUGGAUGAAAACGACCUCUCAGACUUCUCCGUGCGAGUCUCCUACCUGGAGGUCUACAAAGAGGAGUUCAAGGACCUGCUGGAAGUAGAGACGGCGAGCAAGGACAUUCACAUCCGGGAGGACAAAGGCAACAUCGUUUUGUGUGGUGUGAAGGAGUGUGAAGUGGAGGGCCUGGAUGAGGUGCUGAGUUUACUGGAGUCUGGAAACACAGCCAGACACACCGGUUCCACCCAGAUGAAUCCCAACUCCAGCCGCUCUCACACCAUUUUCACCCUGUACAUGGAUCAGCGACGGGGAAGCUCUCGUGUCUGCGGCGCGGGCGCAAACUCUGGGCCACAGAUGCUUUCCUCCAAGUUCCACUUUGUUGACCUGGCAGGGUCUGAGCGCAUCUUAAGGACUGGGAACACUGGAGAGAGACUGAAGGAGAGCAUUCAGAUCAACAGCGGUCUGCUGGCUCUGGGAAAUGUCAUCGGGGCUCUGGGGGACCCCAAGAGGAAAGGCUCCCACAUACCCUACAGAGAUUCUAAAAUCACCAGGAUACUAAAAGACUCUUUGGGGGGAAAUUCAAAAACACUGAUGAUCGCCUGCAUCAGCCCGUCUUCUUCAGACUUUGAUGAGAGUCUGAAUACAUUAAACUAUGCCACAAGAGCGAGGAACAUCCAGAACAGAGCUACGGUCAACUGCAAGCGCGAGCCAGAUCGCGUUGAAGGACUGGAGCAGCAGAUCAAGGCUCUCCGCCGAGCCCUGGAAAACCGCCAGCGCUCCGAGACGCGCAUCAUCGCUCACGGCGACCCCAACAGGAGACCUCGACUCGGGGAAGGGGAGAUCAGCAGAUUGCAGGUCCAGAGCGCUCACUAUCGCACCUGCACAGACUCCGCUUACAGGUUGCUGCGGGAGCUGCAGAGUGAAGGAUCUCUGACAGCAGAGCAGAGCUUGAGAGUGAAGGAGUGGCUGUGCUCCGUGGAGGAGGAGCGCAGCGGGUUGACCACGGCAUCAGGACCCGACUCAGGGAUUGAGAACAGCUCACUGGAGGACAGCGUUGCGUUGAGGAGAGCUCGACCUUUUGUAAGGAGCCAGGACUCGGACGCGGUAGAAGAAAGGUGGAGCCAUGAACACGACAGAGAGAAGGAAGAGACUGUUGCACAGCUUCAAGCACAGAUCCAGCGGCUGGAGGGGGAGAACACAGACUUUUUAGCGGCGUUGGAGGACGCCAUGGAGCAGUACAAGCAGCAGAGUGAUAAGCUGCAGGAACAGCAGGACCUGAUCGCAGACCUUCAGUGUCAGAUCUCCGCUCCAGGAUUGAUGGGUUUGGGGAAUCUCAACUUGAGAUUGCGGCCGCACACGGCUCCGAUGGGCUCAAUGCAGCACGGCCAGAAUGAAGGGACAUUCAAGCAGGUCUGUCCGGCGGGUCUUCAGGGUAAUGGGCCCUGUGCUGAUCAGAAUGGGAGGUUUUAUGAGGAGCAGGAGACUCCGGCGGGGAUGGAGAUGCAUUACAAGGAAAAAGAGGAUAGUCAUCACAGCCUCAACCAGGAGAGAUGGAAGCAGACGAACCUGACCUGGAACAAGCGAGACCUGCAGUCAGGAGGACUAGCAGCUGGUGGCAGAGGGCCGGCACCUCAGCUGCCUGAGCCGGCGCAGCGACCCUGUUUAGCCAGAAAAGCAUCCAACUCCAGUACGGGGGAAAGCCUGAAAAGCUUUGAAGGCGUUUCCGAGUGGGGACUCCUUCAGGCACAGCAGAAAAUCAGGGAGCUGUCUGUCACCAUCCGCAUGAAAGAAGAACUCAUCAAAGAGUUGGUCAAGACAGGUAAAGAUGCUCAAGCUCUGAAUAAGCAGUACAGCCAUAAGAUCACCGCUCUGGAGAGCGAGGCGACGCAGGCUCGCCAGGAGCUGCAGGAGGCCCAGCGACAGCUGCAGGAUCUGGAGAGGCAAGAGAGAGAAAUCAGCGCAACAGACAAGACCAGAGCGCAGGAAUGUCGCAGGAAGAUCGCUGCUGCUCAGAGCAAAGUCCAGGUAUUAAGCCAGCGUCAGAGGGACACCGCUCGUCUGGCCAAUCUCCCCGUCCAGAGUGAACGCCGCGUGUUGGAGCUGGAGCGAAGUGUCCAGUCAAUGAGGCAGCAGCAGGAGCAGCUGCAGCGACGACUGCGUCAGGAAAGCCAGCAGAAGCGACGUCUGGAGACGGAGAUGCAGCGCAGAACACACAGAGUCAAGGAACUGGAGAUAAAAAACGAGCAGCAGCAGAAGAUUCUGAGGAUAAAAACCGAGGAGAUUGCAGCCUUUCAGAGGCAGAGGCGCAGCGGCAGCAACGGCUCGGUCAUCUCAUUAGAGGAGCAGCAGAAGAUCGAAGAACAGAAGCGCUGGCUGGAUGAGGAAAUGGAACGGGUGCUGGAACAGAGGAGAGGCCUGGAGGAUCUGGAGGGAGAGCUGACGAAACGCGAGGAAAUCCUGGCCAAGAAAGAAGCCUUGCUGCAGGAACGCAGUGGACUGGAGACCAAGAGACUCCGCUCCAGUCAGGCAUUAAGUAAAGAUCUGAUGACGUUAACGGGGCGCAUUGAGUCACUUGAGCAUGAGCUGAGUGAGAGGAACGGCCUCCUGCGCAGCAGCAGCGCCCAAGACUCCCAGCAGAUCCGCCAAGAGAUCUCCAACCUACGUCAGGAGAAAGAUUCGCUGCUGAAACAGCGAGUUGAGCUGGACGACAAGCUGCGGCAGGGAAACCUGCUCUCACCCGAGGAGGAGCGGACUCUUUUCCAACUGGACGAGGCGAUUGAAGCUCUGGACGCAGCCAUCGAGUACAAAAAUGAGGCCAUCACUCAGCGGCAGCGGCAGCUGAGGGCCUCUGCCAGCAUGCUGUCGCAGUGGGAGAUGAAUCUCAUGGCCAAGCUCAGUUACCUUUCUGCAUCCGAGACCAGAGCUCUGCUGUGCAAGUACUUCGAUAAGGUCGUGUCUCUCCGCGAGGAGGAGCGGAAGCUGCAGCUCGCCCUGGCGGAGCUGGAAAUGCAGCUGGAUGAGCAGCAGAGGCUGGUGCAGUGGCUGGAAAGUGCCCUCGAUCGCACGCAGCUGGACACAGACCGCCGGCUCACACAGCAGCAGAAGGAGCACGAGAGGAGCGUGCAGCUCCUCCUGCAGCAGUGCCGAGAACAAAUGGACGAGGGCCUGGCAGGGAGACAGCGACACUACGAGGGCUGGAUCCACAACCUCAGCAAAGAGCUCAACCACUACAAGGCGGCGAAUCUGGAGCUGACCAACAAACUGAGGGAGCUGUGCAGUUCAGCCAGUCAGUCCAAAGAGCAUCAUAAAGUUUUGUCGUCUGAAGGCAAAUCUGCAAACAUCGGCAGCCUGGAGAAGCUUCCUCGCUGCCCAGAGGACGGCCCGGGAGGCAGAGGAGCAGCGCCGCCGGACAAACCCCCCAAGUCCAGGGAGGAGAUGCGGGAGCUGGUGAACACCCCUCUCCCGUCCACAUGGAGGCGCUCCUCGCUCCCCACAGAAGAGCCCGCAGGCAUGGAGGAGCUGUGGCUUCAUGUAGCCGGGGAGAAUCCCGUCCACCGGGUAGUGCAGACUGGUGUGGGGUCCUGGGGCGGACCGCCGGCCCUGCCUGUGGUUAAAUCUCGCCGGGAGUCCCGGCGCUCCAGCCUCAACGUUGGACCUCUGGCUUCAAGCAACGCCCUGAUUGAUGUGCGGAAGAAUCCUGUCUGAAAAACAAACUGAGCGGCAGAGCAGCCUUCACAGGGACUUCUGCUUCACGCCUUCUGAAUAAUGUUGCAUCGAGUUUGAUUAUUUGUACCUAAUUUUGUUUUGUCAUCAUGUUUUUUGAAAACCCACUGAUUUUUUAAUUUUUUUUUUUUUUUUUUUUUUUUUAUAAAAAGCACUUUUGACAAAGGUAAAGUUUAUGUUCUCAUUUUAUACAGAUUGUGGACACAGUACAGAUCUACUGCAACAUUACAAAUGAGGUCCUCUAGAAAUCUAACCAUGUAGUCCUGACAUUUCACAGUAUUUUCCAUUAAAAAUGUUUUUUCACUGUCAAUGUUGUUUUUAUUUGUAAACAAAUUUAAUGAAGAUAAAUUAUAUGGCAUGUGUUUCGAUUAUUAAUUUGAUAAAAUUAUAGUUUGUGCGUUGUUUAUCAGUUACAUAGUUAAUGCAGUUUGAGUGUCACGAUGGUGCAGUGGUUUGCACUCUCAGGUCAGGCUUUAGUUCCCUUGUGCUUGCUACGGUUUCCUCUCGGUACUUAUCCUUUCCACUGUUCAAAAACAUUUAUGUAUACAUUGCUAUGCCUGUUACUUCAAAACUGAAGGACCUGGGCUGGAAUUGGGACCAAGGCCUUUCUGUAUGGAGAUCACACAGU